AUGACAUUAUUUACAACAUUGGGAAUGUUUAUAAUAGACGAGAACCGUUAUAUAAACCCAGUCAUAUACCCAGAUCCUCCAGAAAAAGACAUUAUUGGUGGUGCAGGAACCUACGCAAUAAUCGGCGCUCGAAUAGUUUCCACCGCACAUACCCUGGCACUGCCCGAACCUGACUGUGCAUCAGAACCAGAGACAACGACAACAACAAAGACAGAGGUAGGUACAAACGCUACAUAUUAUCCCAUAUCCGGUAUAAUUGACCAAGGCUUGGAUUUUCCGGAACAGAUUGAAACUCAAAUCAAGACAUGGAAGACGUCUGUUAUCUUUCGCAAACUGGAUCAAUUGACCACAAGGGGCGUGAAUACAUACGAUGGAUUAACGGGUUUACGAUCGUUUCACUAUUCUACUCCAAAAAUUAGGAUUGAAUUGGAGGACGUGGCAGAGUGCCGGGAAUUGCGAGAAAGUAAAACAUACCAUUUAAUUUGUUCAAUUGAGAGAUGCAAACAAUUAAUAUUGGGAAUCAGAAAGUUUAACCCGCUGGCAAAGUUUAUAUACGAGCCAUUGCCUGAUGACUGUGUGAAACAUAAUUGGACAAAACUCACAGAAAUUUUACCUAUGAUCGAUGUAUUCUCACCAAAUCGAGACGAAGCAAUUGCUCUUGCCCUCGGCGAAAGUGAUAAUGCUAAAGAAGAAAAUAUUGCGGAUGACAGCCGUAUUACCAUGUUGAGUGAUGGAGAAUUAUGUGCAAAGUUUACCACUUUUCAAACCCUGAUUUCGAAUGCAGGAACAGUAAUUCGUUGUGGUGCUCGAGGGUGUCAUAUUCGUACUCAUAAUGGAUUAGAUGCCCAUCUACCAGCUUAUCAUCAGGACCAGUCCCACGUGGUUGAUGUGACCGGUGGUGGGAAUUCGUUCUGCGGUGGGUUUAUGAUGGGGUGGUACUCAAGUCAAGAAGAUUGGAUUUAUGCUGCAGUUUGUGGUAACGUAAGUAGUGGAUGUAUUGUUGAAAAAUUAGGGAUGCCAAUAGUGGAGGGCGAGAGGUUUAAUGGUUUAACCUUACAGGAGAGGUUACAUAUUUACUACAACGCAAACCCACAACUUUUAGUAUCUACAAAAAUGGUGAAAACACUGAAAGUUGCAGAAACAUAA